CCCUCUUCCUCCCCCAACUGGUUUUGGGUAUAAAAUCGUUCCAGAUGGCUAGAGCCUAGAGACCAAAAGAGCAGUAACAGGAGUCAAAAGUGCAAAAUCUAUUGCCGCAGGACAUGGAAGAAAGGUCCGGAGAAGGUUCGAUCGCCGGCGACCAGAUUAGAGAGAGAGAUAUAUAUGUUGGUGGCGGUUCACAGUAGUCGCUCGACACAAGCGUCUUUGUAGAUCUGGAUCAGCGUAGAGAAAUCCUGGGCCAUUUUUGAUGUCACAGUUGCAACAACUGGGGGAGAAGGAGAUGGAAGGAAGCGGUGGCCGCCGCAGUGCCGCGGCCACGAAAUGCAUCCCGAGGAGGCUGCCCAAGGCAGGGGCGGCGACGCCGAGCAGGAAAGAAAAGGAGAAGAGUAGCAGCAGCAGCCACCAGGGUGACGGAAUUAACAGCAGUCAGGGUGGCGGUGGCGGUAGUGGGAGCAAGAGAUUUGAGCCGACCACCGUCCAGCAAGUUGAGGGAAUCCAAGAUGGGCGUUAAUUAAUUUAUAUUACUUAUCGAGAUGGAAGAAAGAGGAAUGAAUGUCUCGCUAUACCUGGGCUUUGGGGUUUAUUUCCGAUGCUCUGUUUCUCAACCUGUGGUCUGUGAAGACUUUUACCUUGGCUUGUUCUAAAAGAGGAAGAUGGAGAAUGAGGGUAUUAAAACAAGGACAAAAGUGUAUUUUCAGUAAUAGUCACAUCCCAAUUGCCUCAUCUCAAAUAACAAGCCAAAC